CUGGUGGUGGAAAAAAAUAAUAAAAAAAAGAGGAGUGAUGGUAAGAGAUCUUGUCUUCUCCAAAGCAUGAACCGCACUUUUCACUUUUCAUCCAACCCUGAACCUCUUUUCUGUUCUCCGUCGAUUAGUUGAAGACUUCCCACUUCAAUUUUCACGUCCAAUUUCUUAAAUGGAAACGAAAAAUUGGUAGAGGUCAAUUUGCAAAUGGCUAUAUCUGCUAAUUCCAGUAAGAGUGGGAACUGGAAGCGAAAAGAAUUGUGGUUUCUUGUGAUUUAUGCAAUCGUUUUCUAUGUUAUUAUCAUCAACCGUUCACUUCAACUCUCUCGCGAUUAUUACAAACAGCUGUCAGGUUUACGCCCGGGUUGGCUUUUAGCUAAUCACCUCAAUGAUGUUUCAGAUGCUCAGUGGAGGAAUUUUAGAGGGAAUAUACCCGUUCUUACUCUUGUCUUUGGAAUUUUCACUCUUCUUGCCUACUUGAUGAAAGCUUUCUUUGAUUUAAGAGUUAGAGGAAUGUCCAUUGUGUGGCUUUUAUUUUCUUUGGCCUACUUGUCAUAUCUUCAUGGAGCAUGCAUUGUUUUUAUCCUAUCAAUAGCUACUGGUAAUUUUAUUCUUGUAAAGAUAUUUGCACAGAAGGAGUACUUUCCACUUAUAGUUUGGAGUUACAACAUAUUGUUUCUUCUCUGUAAUCGGAUUUAUGAAGGAUAUUCAUUCUCUAUAUUUGGGCAACAAUGGGCAUUUUUGGAAAAUUACCGAGGCAGCUUUAGGUGGCAUAUAUGCUUCAAUUUUGUUGUUUUGCGCAUGAUAAGCUUCGGGUUUGAUUAUCACUGGACUAAUCGAGAUUCUCAUUUUGAUCAGGAGAAGCAUUAUCAACGUUGUCAUAUUUGUAAAUCCGGAAAAUCAUGCUAUCAAGUUUUACAGGAGAGAAGUCUGCCCAAUGACAGGUUUGGAUAUAUCACAUACCUUUCUUAUUUGGUAUAUGCACCACUUUAUAUCGCUGGUCCAAUACUGAGUUUCAAUGCUUUUGCCUCACAGUUAGAUGUUCCUCAAAACGCUAUUUCGGUUAGAAAUGUGAUACUUUAUGGUUUCCGCUGGAUGUUGAGUAUUAUCCUCAUGGAAUUAAUGACUCAUCUAUGCUACUAUAACGCCUUUGCUAAGAGUGAUUUAUGGAAGCACUUAUCGCCUAUGGACGUGUUCAUCAUUGGAUAUGGUGUAUUAAACUUCAUGUGGCUAAAAUUCUUAUUGAUCUGGCGCUUUUUCCGAUUUUGGUCACUGAUAAAUGGAAUUGAGGCUCCGGAAAACAUGCCAAAAUGCAUUAAUAACUGCCACAACUUGGAAGGCUUCUGGAAAAAUUGGCAUGCUUCCUUCAACAAGUGGCUUGUGAGGUAUAUUUACAUUCCUCUUGGUGGAUCUAAGAAAAAGCUACUAAAUGUGUGGGUUAUAUUCACAUUUGUUGCAAUCUGGCAUGAUUUAGAGUGGAAGCUUCUUUCAUGGGCAUGGUUGACCUGUUUAUUCUUCAUCCCUGAGUUGGUUUUUAAAUCAGCAGGAAAAACCUUUCAGGCUCAAAGUUCUUUUGGACUAUGCAUAUUUCGUGAACUCAGUGCUGUUGCUGGGGCAGUCACAAUUACGUGCCUCAUGGUGGCUAAUCUUGUUGGGUUUGUGGUUGGACCGGGAGGCAUUAACUGGCUGCUUUCUUCUUUCCUUCACAAGGAAGGUUUGCCCGUCCUUGGUGGCAUGCUUGUGACAUUUUACGUUGGAACAAAGAUUAUGUUCCACAUUGACGAGGCUAAGCAAAGGUUGUCCUGAACUGGGACAAUUACUUUUGACCAUGUGAAAAUAUUCAAAUUCAUUUUGUGUCAGGAGUUCCAAAUGUGCUUGACUUGGAGGUGUCUGCGGGUGCCUUUCUUUUUAUGAAAGAUUUCCUGAUGAAUUGUACAUUAAAUUGGGAGCCAUACCUUCGAAUGUUUUACACCAUAUAGUCUUAGAAUGCGGAAAAAUGAAGAAAAUCUGUUGAUUUUGAUACCUUAUUACAUCGGUUUGUGCUUUAUUUUCUUCA